AUACAGCGGUCCAGUCCCGUCGAGUGGCGAACAGGGCUCUGAGACGCUGCAGAGGAGGACGCAAGGAAAGUAGAGAGCCACCAUAACUAUGCAAUCACAAAAACACACUCGUCUCUAUGGACUGUAAAAUGAAAAGAUCACACAUCCUCAACUUGGAUUGGAAGAAACAACACAUGCGACUCUGAUGACCAACACAAUAACGGAAUUCACUUUUUGGAGUUUGGGAGUUCACUCCGAAAUAAUAUUUUGGCGUUUCAAGCAACAGUUUGUAAAUAUCGCUGAGACAGAACGACUAUCCCCUAGCCAGCCUUCAAGAUGGAGGAGGAACAGUGCUUCUACAAUGAGUCCAUUGCCUUCUUCUACAACCACAGUGGAAAGUACCUGGCUACAGAGUGGAAUACCGUCAGUAAGCUGGUGAUGGGGCUGGGUAUCACAGUAUGUAUCUUCAUCAUGCUGGCUAACUUGCUGGUCAUGGUGGCUAUAUACGUCAACCGCCGCUUCCACUUCCCUAUUUACUACCUGAUGGCCAACCUGGCCGCCGCGGACUUCUUUGCCGGCCUGGCGUACUUCUACCUGAUGUUCAACACGGGCCCGAACACACGGCGCCUCACGGUCUCCACGUGGCUGCUCCGACAGGGUCUCAUCGACACGUCCCUCACCGCGUCCGUGUGUAACCUCCUUGCCAUUGCCAUCGAGCGCCACAUCACCGUUUUCCGCAUGCAGCUACACACGCGCAUGUCCAACCGGCGUGUGGUGGUGGUGAUUGUAGUCAUCUGGACCUUGUCUAUCGUCAUGGGAGCCAUCCCGUCGGUAGGGUGGAACUGUAUCUGUGACAUCGGCACGUGUUCUAGCAUGGCUCCACUGUACUGUAACUCCUACCUGGUGUUCUGGGCCGUAUUCAACCUGGUCACCUUCCUGGUCAUGGUGGUGCUGUACGCUCACAUCUUUAUGUACGUGAGACAGAGGACCAUGAGGAUGAGCAGACACAGCUCUGGGCCACGCAGGAACAGAGACACCAUGAUGAGUCUGCUGAAGACUGUCGUCAUCGUAUUGGGUGCGUUCAUCGUCUGCUGGACGCCAGGCCUGGUUCUCAUCCUCCUCGAUGUGUUCUGUGCCAACUGUAACGUCCUGGACUUUGAGAAGUUCUUCCUGCUUCUGGCUGAGUUUAACUCCGCCAUGAACCCCAUCAUCUACAGCUACCGGGACAAGGAGAUGAGCGCCACCUUCAAGCAGAUCCUGUGCUGUCAGCGCCAGGAGAACGUUAACGGGACGGCAGCCGAGGGCUCCGACCGCUCAGCGUCCUCCAUCAAUCACACCGUGCUGAGUGGAGGGAAACAAAACAAUGAUCACUCAGUGGUGUGAGGAGAGGGGCUGGAGACAGGAGGAGAGGGGCUGGAGACAGGAGGAGAGGGGCUGGAGACAGGAGGAGAGGGGCUGGAGACAGGAGGAGAGGGGCUGGAGACAGGAGGAGAGGGGCUGGAGACAGGAGGAGAGGGGCUGGAGACAGGAGCAGAGGGGCUGGAGACAGGAGCAGAGGGGCUGGAGACAGGAGCAGAGGGGCUGGAGACAGGAGCAGAGGGGCUGGAGACAGGAGCAGAGGGGCUGGAGACAGGAGCAGAGGGGCUGGAGACAGGAGCAGAGGGGCUGGGGCUGGAGACAGGAGGAGAGGAGAGGGGCUGGAGACAGGAGGAGAGGAGAAAGGAGGAGAAGGGCUGGAGCUAGCAGAAGAGGAGCUGGAGACAGGAGGAGAGGACUGGGGCUAGAGACCAGAGGAGAGGGGGCUGCAGUGUGGAGCCCAGCCCAGGGGUGGCCAGGAGAUGGGUGGGGAGACGAGGGCAGGCUGGGGCCAGGGAGGUGGGUGGCCAGGAGAUGGACAAUUGGACCUACUAUAAUUGACCAGGGUGUUGCCAUGGAGACGGGUCGGAACAGAGGGCAGAUUCAUUGCAAGACUCUUAUUGGUUGUUAGUUAUUUGUUUUCUAUUUUGUUAGUGUUGAUACCACAUGAACUAUUUAAAGACUUUAAUGUAUGAUGAUGUGAAGGACUUACCUGCAGAAGCUCUCUGUAUCCCCCCUCUCUCUGACUAAACUUCUUAACUAUCAUUAUAAACACAUUACCAUCACAAUAGGAAGAAGGGUCUGACUAAACGGCUGAACAGCUUUUACCCAGGUCUUUUGGGCCUUCAUUGUGACCACACGACUUAGAUAUUUGUUACUGUCUGUAUUCUGUUGUUGAGCCAGACCAAAGGGGGCCAACCAAGUCGUUAGUCUGCCAAGACCUGGGCUGUGUCCCAAAUUGGUCCUGGUCUAAAGUAGUGCACUACAAAGGGAAUAGGCUUCCAUUGGGUCCUGGUCUAAAGUAGUGCACUACAAAGGGAAUAGGGUUCCAUUGGGGACAUAGACCUGUUCAUAAUUUUAACUUUCUGUUGCCAAGUAUGUUGAUCCAUUAACUGAAAGCUUGGUGACCUGUUUUACCCAACUCUCGCUUUGGCCAGAUUUCACCCCAAAGUCUGUUGUUGUCAAACACGACUGAUCAUAAAGCGUGUACAUUCCAGAUGUUUUAAUGUCAGACAUUCAGGUUAACACACUCUGUCCUGGACAAUGACCAUAGGCAAGGGAGUGUCUCUCCAUCUAUCUACAGUUAUGGUCUAUAGAUGGCCUGAAUUGCUUACAGGAGGUGUAUUGAUGGUGUUAAUGCAAUUGAUGGGCAACUCUAAUACAGCUAACCUGAGUGAUAUCACCUCUAAUACAGCUGACCUGAGUGAUAUCACCUCUAAUACAGCUGACCUGAGUGAGAUCACUUCUAAUACAGCUGACCUGAGUGAGAUCACCUCUAAUACAGCUGACCUGAGUGAUAUCACCUCUAAUACAGCUGACCUGAGUGAUAUCACCUCUAAUACAGCUGACCUGAGUGAUAUCAUCUCCAAUACAGCUGACCUGAGUGAUAUCACCUCCAAUACAGCUGACCUGAGUGAUAUCACCUCUAAUACAGCUGACCUGAGUGAUAUCACCUCUAAUACAGCUGACCUGAGUGAUAUCACCUCUAAUACAGCUGACCUGAGUGAUAUCAUCUCUAAUACAGCUGACCUGAGUGAGAUCACUUCUAAUACAGCUGACCUGAGUGAGAUCACCUCUAAUACAGCUGACCUGAGUGAUAUCACCUCUAAUACAGCUGACCUGAGUGAUAUCACCUCUAAUACAGCUGACCUGAGUGAUAUCACCUCUAAUACAGCUGACCUGAGUGAUAUCAUCUCCAAUACAGCUGACCUGAGUGAUAUCACCUCCAAUACAGCUGACCUGAGUGAUAUCACCUCUAAUACAGCUGACCUGAGUGAUAUCACCUCUAAUACAGCUGACCUGAGUGAGAUCAUCUCUAAUACAGCUGACCUGAGUGAUAUCACCUCUAAUACAGCCGACCUGAGUGAUAUCACCUCUAAUACAGCCGACCUGAGUGAUAUCACCUCUAAUACAGCUGACCUGAGUGAGAUCACCUCUAAUACAGCUGACCUGAGUGAUAUCACCUCUAAUACAGCUGACCUGAGUGAUAUCACCUCUAAUACAGCUGACCUGAGUGAGAUCACCUCUAAUACAGCUGACCUGAGUGAUAUCACCUCUAAUACAGCUGACCUGAGUGAGAUCACCUCUAAUACAGCUGACCUGAGUGAGAUCACCUCUAAUACAGCUGACCUGAGUGAUAUCAUCUCCAAUACAGCUGACCUGAGUGAUAUCACCUCUAAUAUAGCUAACCUGAGGGCCAGUUUGUUGGUGCCGUAAUGCAACUACCUUUCACUCAUUGUCAUGCCAAAUACAGGGAUCUGCCUAAAUCUAGGAAAAGCCAAUAUACAGGGUGGGUUGCACCAACAUGGAGGAACUCUUAAGCCUUCAUUUAACCCAGUUUCAUCUUCAUCUUGUUGCACAAAACUUUAAAUCUAUUUUUAAAUGAAUCCUUCCUCUAAUCAUACGUUUUAGUUUUCACUUUAAACCUAGAGUCAUUUUAAGCUUGAAUAUAAACUUAGAUUGGAGAUUCUGAACUGCCAUUUGAUGUGGUUGAACUGAUAAAAUGACAGGAUAUCGACUGUGGAGAGACCAGAACGACAGAGUUCCUCAGAGAACAUUACGAGACGGGUUGUAUCCUGUUGAGUUUUUUUAUGAUAAUGAUGAGUUUUCAAGGAGAUGCCGCUUCUCCAAGGAAUCUGUAAUGCAACUGGAAAGAAAGGUUGGACCAAGCGUGGGAACGACGGUAACGAGGAUGUACCCCUACUACUUCAGCUCCUGAUGACUCUACGGUUCUAUGUAACUGGAUGUUUCCAGAUGGUGGAUGGAUGUGGACCUUUCUGGACUCCACAAGUCAACCGUCUACAGGAUUGUAGCCAGAGUGUCCAGUGCUUUUGCCGGCCUGAAGAACGAGUACAUCAGGUUCAGUCCUACAGAGGAAACAGCAGCUGGAUUUUUACAGGAAAGCUAGAUUCCCAGGUGUACUAUGGGCAAUAGACUGGACACACAUUUCUAUUCUGAACCCUGGUGGUGGGAAUGGAGAACUAUUCUGAAAUCAGAAAGGUUACUGCUCCGUCAACGUGCAGGCUGUCUGUGAUGUCAAAGGUCAGCUCACCAACAUCCUACUGCUCCAUCGACGUGCAGGCUGUCUGUGAUGUCAAAGGUCAGCUCACCAACAUCCUACUGCUCCGUCAACGUGCAGGCUGUCUGUGAUGUCAAAGGUCAGCUCACCAACAUCCUAGCAAGACGGCCAGGAUCCACCCAUGACAGCAGAUACUUUGACAAUAGGCGUCUGUGUGCAAUGCUGGAAAGGGGAGCAUAUGAAGGCCCCCUACUACGUAACAAUGGAUAUUCUUGUCAUGGGAACCUUAUGACUCCCCUUUUAAACCCCCAGACACCUGAAGAGAGACAAUCCACCACCUCAUAUCCUGACAAGAGAUCUCAUAGAGAGAGAACACACCACCUCUCAUAUCCUGACAAGAGAUCUCAUAGAGAGAGAACGCACCACCUCUCAUAUCCUGACAAGAGAUCUCAUAGAGAGAGAACGCACCACCUCUCAUCCUGACAAGAGAUCUCAUAGAGAGAAUGCACCACCUCUCAUAUCCUGACAAGAGAUCUCAUAGAGAGAAUGCACCACCUCUCAUAUCCUGACAAGAGAUCUCAUAGAGAGAGAACACACCACCUCCCAAAUCCUGACAAUAGAUCUCAUAGAGAGAGAACACACCACCUCUCAUAUUCUGACAAGAGAUCUCAUAGAGAGAGAACACGCCACCUCUCAUAUCGUGACGAGAUCUCAUAGAGAGAGUUUUUGUAGUAUGGAAGAAAAGAUUCCCUCCCCUACAGGUGGUGCUCUGCAUGAAGAUGGACACUACACUGACAAUCACUAUUGCAGUGGAAGUUCUGUAUAACUUUAGCAAGAGACAAGGAGACAAGCUACCUGAGGAGGAUGAGGAGAAUGGAGAAGAUGGCCAGGUGCAACAUGCUGUUGAUGUGAAUGCGAUGAGGAGAACCUUGAUUGAGAACCAUUUUUGCAGCCUAACGUGUGUGUAUAGUGUAACAUGUAAAAAGCAAUAUUAUAUUUUGACUGACGUGCAAUUCUUAAUAUGACUAUCUGUAUUAAAAUGCAUUAUUAAGUCAUUGUUAUUCUCUAUCAUAAAGGGGGGAACUGGAAGCACCAGAACAUGAGCGGGGGCACCACAUUGCUUGGGAAAGCAUUGUUUUAAUAAAUAAGAUUAGCAUUCUU